AUGAAGGAAACCUGCCGGAUCUGCGCCCGGGAGCUGUGCGGCAACCAGCGGCGAUGGAUCUUCCACACGGCGGCCAAGCUGAACCUCCAGGUGCUGCUCUCCCACGUCCUGGGCAGGGAGCUGUGCCGGGAUGGCAAAUCCGAGUUCGCUUGCAGCAAGUGUGCCUUCAUGCUGGACCGCAUCUACAGGUUCGACACCGUCAUCGCGCGCAUCGAAGCCCUGUCCAUCGAACGCCUGCAGAAACUGCUGCUGGAGAAAGACCGCCUCAAGUUCUGCAUAGCAAGCAUGUACCGCAGGAACAAUGAAGACUCUAGCGCAGAUGACAGACCUGGGGAUGGGACUGUGGACCUUUCUAAUCUGCCUGAUGUACGGUACGCUGCCCUCCUUCAGGAGGACUUUGCUUAUUCUGGGUAUGAAUAUUGGACGGAUCAAGAAGAGCACAGCUUGGAGCCACACAGCUGCCAUGCUUCAGAGGGAGCGAGUAACCGCCCGCGGCGCUGCCGUGGCUGUGCCGCGCUGCGGGUGGCCGAUGCCGACUAUGAAGCGAUUUGCAAAGUGCCACGAAAGGUGGCCAGAAGCAUCUCCUGCGGGCUGUCCAGCCGGUGGUCGGCCAGCAUGGGCAACGAGGAGUCAUCCGUGUGCGACGCAGCAGAGUCCGCCAGCGCCAGAGGGCCUGUGGAUGGGGAAAGCAUGGAGGAAGGCACGCCUGCGUCCUCUGUUGAGUCCCUGGACACGACCGUGGAGGCAAGCCCUCCGCAGCAGAAGGAUGAAGAUGCAGAUAAGGGGGGGAAAGGGAAUGGGAAAUGUGAUGAUUUUUCAGAUGACCGCGUGACCCCAAACUCUUCGCUGAGCGGGAACAGGCUGGAGCUGGCCCUCAGCUUAAUCAAGGCUUUGGACUACAAACCCCUUCAGAGCCCCCGAGGCAGCAGGCUACCUAUUCCCGUGAAGUCCAGCUUGCCCCCUCCCAAGCUCAGCCGUGACUUGGCAGACGGCAGCGCUUCUGCUGGCUUAAUGUGUGCUGGUUCUGCCUUCCUGAAUGCAGACAGAAAAUCCUUUUCCAGAGCUCCUUUGGGUCUUCCCCUGGAGAUUUCUGAACUGCAGGAGCUGUGGGACGACCUCUGUGAGGAUUAUAUGCCGCUGCGGGUACAGGUAGAGGUCAUUGUGCUGCUGUUCGAUUGA